AUGGCGGCGGCGUGGGGCGGCACCACGCAGAAGUGCGCCUCCUGCGGCAAGAAGGUGUACCCGGUCGAGGAGCUCGCCGCCGACGGCCGCGCCUACCACCGCCCCUGCUUCCGCUGCCACCACUGCAAGAGCACCCUCCAGUUUAGUAAUUAUUCUUCGAUCGAAGGUGUCCUGUACUGCAAACCUCACUAUGACCAGAUAUUAAAAUCAACUGGCAGUUUAGAAAAAAGUUUUGAAGGUGUGACAAGAUCAGCUAAAUCAGAAAAAUCAAAUGGACCCAAGGGCCAGCAAAACAGCAGAUUCUCUAGCAUGUUUGUCGGCACGCAAGACAAGUGCGUAGUUUGUAACAAGACUGUGUACCCUCUUGAAAAGGUUGAUCUUAACGGAGGCUCGUAUCAUAAAUCAUGUUUCCGUUGCACCCAUGGUGGUUGUACACUCAGCCCAUCCAACAAUGUCACACAUGAAGGCAAACUUUAUUGCAAGACCCACCAUUCUCAGUUGUUUAUGGUCAAGGGAAACUUCAGUCAGUUCGAGGAAAACACUGUAAAUGCAAAAGUGGCUGUCGAGAAACAACCAGAAACUGGAGAAGCCACUGACAAGCCAGGUCAAGGUGACGAAGUCAGUGAGAAGACCACAGAAAAUGAGCUCACAACUGAUGAACCAUCCCAAAAUGAUGUUGCAGCUGAAAAACAAUUGCAAAGUAGCAUUGAUGUUGCUAAACCGUCGGAAAGCACAGUCGAGAAGUCAGCAGAAAGUGAAAGUGUUACUGAGAGUGAGUCAAAGAGUCCUGGAGUUAACAAUAAGCCAUCAGAAAGCAGUGCCGAGAAGCCACUGCAGAGCAGUGUGGUUGAUACUAAGCCACCAGGAAGCAGUGCGGCCAUAAGAAAACCAUGGCAACGCAGUCUUCCCACAAAUAAGCCGUCAGUGAUUAGUGCAUCCACUGAAAAGCCAUCACCGAGCGAUGCGGCCAUUGAGAAGCCGUCGUCCAGUAAUGGGACUAAUGGGAAACCGUCGGACAGCAGCACAGGGGUAAAAAAGUCAUGGCAGCGCAGUGUAGCUACUGAGAACCCACAGCAGAGCAUGUUACCAUCGGAUAAGCCAGCAUCAACCAGUGCAGAUAAUGUGAAGCCAUCAGAAAGCGGCAAAGUGGCCAAAAAAACAUGGCAACGCCCUGUGGUUGCUGAGAACCAGAAACAAAACAGUGGACCAACUGAGAAGCCGUCACCGACGAGUGAUACAAAGCCAUUAGAUAGCAGCACAGCAAUUAAAAGGCCAUGGGGCCGCAGAAUAGCCAGUGAGAAAUCUCUUCAGAGUAGUGAGGUUGAUAUGAAACCAGUGGAAACCAGUACAGUGGUCACUGUUCUACAGCAGCCCAGUGAGGAACCUCUACAAACCAAUGCAGCUGUGCUACAGCAGCCCAGUGAGGAACCUCAACAAACUAAUGCAGCUGUGCUAAAGCAGCCCAGUGAGGAACCUCAACAAACUAAUGCAGAUGAUGUGAAGCCUUCGGAGGACACUGGAGCAGUAGUGAAAAAGCCAUGGCAAUUCAACACGAGAACCGAGAAGCAACCCCAGAGUAGUGUAGUCGAUGCAAAGAAAACUGAAAGUACUGGAGCGAUCAAACGGCAGUGGAAGCGCAACACGCCAUUUGAGAAGCCAUCACAAAGCAGUGCAGCAGCAGCUGUGACAACGACACAAAGCAAUGUGACCGUCACCAAGCCAGCCCCGAGCAACAUGGCUGUGAAGAAGUCAUGGCAAAGAAGUACAACUCCAAAAAAUCUGGCAGCGAGUGAUAUGGCUACCAAUAAAGCAUUGCAAACCAAGGCAGUGAUCGAGAAGCCAUCACAAGAAAGUUCUCAAGAGAAACCAUUACAAGAAAAGGCACCUCAAAUCACUGUGAUCACCGAGAAGCUAUCGGAAGAAACUUCUCAAGAGAAGCCAUCUCAAGAAAAGGCACCUCAAACUGCUGUGAUCAUCGAGAAGCCAUCACAAGAAAGUUCUCAAGAGAAGCCAUCUAAAGCAAAGACACCUCAAAUUGCUGCAACCACCGAGAAGCCAUCACAAGAAAGUUCUCAAGAAAAGGCAUUACAAAUGAAUGAAUCUUCCAAGGAGCAACUUCAGACUGAAGAGACUAUUGAGAAACAACUUCAAAGUGAAGAUAUUGCUGAUGCUACACCACAAAGGGACCUGAUGACACAAGAUGAUGUCUCUCUCAAGAAGAUACCAGAGCCUGAAAUUGAUGCCUCUUCUGACAAGCCUACGAAGGAUCCAUCAGAGCAAGAAGGGGCUGCAUCUGGUGAGAACUUGUCAGAGUCUCAAAGUAAGCUAACUGUUGAACAGACGUUGGAAUCCCAAGACGCUGUGGUUCCUCGAGAGGCAACUGACCAGAUAAUGGAAGCUAAAAAUGAUGCAGGCAUUGAGCGGUCAUCAGAAUCUCAAAGUGUUGCACCGGCAGAGGUUCCAGUGGAGCAACCAUUGCAACAACAAAAAGAUGCAUCUACAGAGCAGGCAUUGGAAUCUCAGCAUGAAGCAGAUGACAAGGAUCAAACAGAGCCUAGUAGUGAUGCAAUUGCUAAGGAGUCAUUGCAGCUUGAAUUUGACACAGCUGCCGUGAAGUCAUCAGAACCACAAACAGAUGCAGCUGCUGAUCAGUCGGCUGAGCAGCUACCAGAACCUCAAAGUGACGCAUCAGUGGAGGAACCAGUAGUCCAUCAAGGCGACGUGUCUACUGAGAAGCUAUCUGAGUCUCAAGGUGAUGCAGCUGCUGUUGAAUCAUCAGGACAGCCAUCAGAGCCUGAGAAGUCGUCGGAACCUCAAAUGGAUGCAGCUCCUCAUAAUUUAACUGAUCAGCCAUUGGAACCUCAAAAGGAUGUAUCUAUUGAGAAGCCACUCGAAACCGAGACUAACGUUGUUGCUGAUAAUCCAUCAGAAAGCAGCUUAGCUACUGAAAGCACUCUAAAGAUCAGCACUACCACCGAGGAACCUGCACAACGUGAAAUUUCUGAUGAGACACUGCCUCAAAGCAUUGCAUUAGAUACAACACCAGAAAGCACCACAUCUGUCGAAGAACCCACAGAUGUCGGUGAGGCCAUUGUUGAGAUAUCAGAGGACAGCUCAGCUCCUGAGAAGCCAUCGGAGGAUGCUGUAACUCCUGAGGAGCCAUCAGAUGUAGGUAAGACAACUUUGGAACCAGCAGGAGACAAUGCGGCUGUUGAGAAACCAUCAGAGGAAGUUGAGGUGGGUACUGAUCCAUCAAACAACCUAGUGGAUCUCGAGAAGCCAUCAGAGAAAGAAGACGACUCUGUGAAGCCAGUAGAGGACAGUGUGGCUCUUGAGAAGCCAACCACCGACAAACCCUGGGAGGAAGAUAAGGUGAGUGCUGAACCAUCAAACGACAGAGUGGAUCUUGAUAAGCCAUCGGAGAAAGAAGCUGACACUGUCAAGCCAUCAGAGGACAGCAUGGCUCUUGAGGAGCCAGUCACCGACAAACCAUCAGAGGAAGACGAAGCCAGUGCUGAGCCAUCAAACGACAGAAUAGAUGCCGAGAAACCAUCGGAGGAGAAAGAAGAGGACACUGUGAAGUCAUCAGAGGAUAGCACGGCUGUCGAGAAGCCAGCCACUGACAAACCUUCAGAGGAAGAGGGAGAAGGCGCAGCCAGCGAGAAGCCGUCGCAUGACGAUGCUGUCAUCGAGGCACCAUCGCACGAGGACAUGGACUCGGCCACCGACAAACCCUUGCCUGCCACAGAGAAGAACAUAUCACCCUGA